UGGCGGCCGGGGCCGAGUCGCGAGGAGGUAAUCACAAGUGAAGAAGCUGAAAGACGGGGCCAGUUAUAUGACAACAAAGGAAUCACGUAUCUCUUUGAUUUAGACUAUGAAUCUGAUGAAUUCACAGUGGAUGCAGCUCGAUAUGGAAAUAUAUCUCAUUUUGUGAAUCACAGUUGUGACCCAAAUCUUCAAGUGUUCAAUGUUUUUAUUGAUAACCUCGAUACUCGACUUCCUCGAAUUGCAUUAUUUUCCACAAGAACCAUAAAAGCUGGAGAAGAGCUGACUUUUGAUUAUCAGAUGAAAGGUUCGGGAGAUAUAUCUUCAGAUUCUAUCGACUACAGCCCAUCCAAAAAGAGGAUCAGAACCGUGUGUAAAUGUGGGGCUCUGACUUGCCGAGGUUACCUCAACUGAGUUGUCAGGAAACUGAACUGAUGAUCAUUUUAGGAUUUUUGUUGUUCUUUUUGUUUUUCCCCAAAUGUUAACAGUUCAGACAAGCAUUUGGGUAUAUUUUUCAUACUCUCAAGAUUAUUUCUAUGUAAUUUAUCAUUCAAAUUCCAUGUUUCAAGACGAGCUAAAUGCAUUGCCAAGGCUUCCGGAGAGGGGCACAGGACUGUCACACAUGGACUUACUUGAAAUGUACAUAUUGUUGGAUGCCAAACAGCAGAAACCUAUUUGCAGACCAACAGACACAUACUUAAGUUUGUACAUAGAAAAAUGUCUUUCGGCGUAUGCUAAAUACAGAACUGAUGGGUAACGGUUGCUAAGGUCAAGCAUUCAUUUUGCCAAACACCUUGGAGAAAUGGCUUACCUAAAUUUGGACAAAUAUAUAAAUUCUACUUUU